UUCAAUGUGCGUACGCCGCGCGCGUUUUUAUUUCAUAUUAAUUAAUUAACAAAAACAAUUUUAAGUCUUGCGGGCAUUAAAAAAAGCGUGCGUGAAAAAUCGGUGUCGACAUCGCCGAGUUGUUGCUGUUGCGUUGGGUGUCUGUGUUUUUUGUCUUCAGUGAGAAACAAAAUAAAAUAGCUAUUAGCUAAAGUAUUCGAUACAGCUACAGUGCCAGUUUAAAAUGCGUUGGUUGAUUGAUACAGAAGCUGCUGCUCUUGCCGUUGUCGCUGUCAUUGUUGUUUUUGUUUAGUUUAUUGUACAAUUGGUUAUUGAACGACGCCAUGAUGCGCUAUUCGGAAAUAUCGCGAGAUCUCUCCACGGAUAAUCUGCGCUACUCUGAGCUGAGCAGAAAACCAAGCACUGACUAUGUGGACUAUGCUGGACAAGCAUAUGUCACAGCUUCACCCACAGCUCAGUCGCAUUAUCAGCACAACGGAAUGUCAGCACUUCAGCAGCAGCAACAACAACAGCAACAGCAAUCGCCACAGCAGUCGCGUCAAUCGAAGCAACGAAGUACUAAUGGCAAUGCUCAUACCUUGGCCUGCUUGCGUCAGGAUAAGGGCCAAAAGGAGCUGCAGGCGGAACAGACUGCAGCCCAACAGCCGGCCAGCAAGACACUGAAUAUUAAGAGCAACAGGCGCAAGAACUCCAUUGGUUGUCUGACCAGCUUCUCUUCGUCGCCAGAUUCGCCGGGUUGUUACUACAGCAUAGCUACAACCGCAGCGCCAGCGAAUAAGUCGCAGAGUUUGCCUUCGCAUGGCUCCAUUAAACAGCUGGAUGCUGUCAUAAUGAGUGCAUUGCGUGUGCCCGCCGAUCUGUUGGCUAAUCAGAUAACGCUGCUGGACUUUCCGGUCUUUGCGCUCAUUCAACCGGAUGAGCUGAGCAGCUGUGCCUGGACCAAGAAGGACAAGCAUGUGGUUACGCCCAACAUUGUGGCGUUCACCAAACGCUUCAAUCACACCAGCUUCUGGACAGUAACCGAAAUAUUGAAUGGCGAGCAGCCCAAACAGCGUGCCGAAAUAAUGACACACUUUAUUAAGGUGGCCAAGAAACUGCACGAGCUGAACAAUCUGCACUCGCUUUUUGCCAUCAUUUCGGCAAUGCAAAGCGCCAGCAUUUAUCGCCUCAAGAAAACCUGGGCCUGUUUGUCCAAGAAGGAUCGACAGUCCUUCGAGCGACUCAGCGACAUAUUCAGCGAUCAGAAUAACUGGGCUAAUCUACGCUCAUAUCUGGAGAGUUUGCGCCUGCCUUGCAUACCGUACCUGGGAUUGUUUCUCACAGAUUUGAUUUACAUCGAUCUGGCGCAUCCACACAAGGGCGGCUUAGAGCCGGAGCAACGACGCAACAAGAUGAACAACAUACUGCGCGUCAUCUCGAAUUAUCAGCAAUCGGAUUACCAGCAAAUACAACCAAAUGAGUCCACGCAAAAGUAUCUUACCUCCAUACGUUACAUUGAAGAGCUGCAGAACAUAUUCGAAGAAGAGCAGUACAAACGCUCGCUGAGUCUGGAGCCCGCUUCGCCGUCUGGUCCGAGCUCCUCGUCGUGCAGCUCGAAGGAAUCGUUUAAUGUGGAAUCCGUGACACCAGCGCUUGGUUGCUUGAAUCUGUCGCCAGCCAAAACAAUUGGUUCCAUGCGCAUGGCCAGUGGCACCAAGUUUGUGCCCGGCCAUCGCAAGUGUCGCAGCCUGGGCACAAAAUUUCGCAGCAGCAGCCUGCCACGCAACUUUGCACAAAGGUGCCAGUGCUGCAUUGUGAUGAUUGCGCCGGGCAUUGGCACAAUCUCCAACAAGCGCUGCAGAUGCCGUCGCAUCUUUGGCAAAAUUGCGCCGAACAAUUACGACGGGCAUCCACAUCAUUUGCACCUGGAGCACGAUCCGAGUCAACAGCCUCGCCAUCAUCUGCUCGACGAUUCCGUGCUGGAGCACAGCGAUGCGCUCUCGAACGCAGACCUCACCUCACUGGAGAGUGCCGAGGGCAUCAUGUGCGAUUUUGCGGGCAGUGAUUGCGAUCUAAUGUCGCCGGAGGCAGCAGCCGCCAUGCAGGGCUGUGUGCGUCGCAAAACCGUGCAGAAGGAGGGACGCAAGCCGGCGGUGGCGUCGUGGCAACGCUACUGGCUACAGAUCUGGGCCAAUUCGCUCGUCUACUUUCCGCCCAAGUCGUUCAAGGGCAGCGAACGCGGCGACUUCAAGCGCGAGCCGUGCAAGGUGUGUCCACUGGAGGGCUGGUAUGCCCAUGUCAGCGACAACACCAAGCACAAGAACACCUUUGAGCUAUACCACCGAACACUGGGCACCGUGUACAAGUUUCGCACGGACAGCCCACAGAUGACGCAUCUCUGGACAAAUGCCAUUUGCAAGUUGGCAACGACGCGUGUGCCAAAGCCACUGCCGGCCAAUCUGAUGUCCUUCGAGUGAGUCAGACGCUGAAAAAUUGCAAAGCUGACACAUGGACAUGGUCACGUUAUUAUGCCGCCGACCCCAAACAAACUAACUACCACUUCCUCGAAUCUAAUGUACUCAUCAAUUAGUUUUAAUUAGCUGUCCACAUACUCUUAUGUCACGAAGCAGCCACAGAAACAUUCCCGCAACUCUCUGCUUGUUAACAAUCACAACAAACACGUAGAAGAACAACAGACAAAACACCACAAGAUGAACGAACAAAUUGUAAUUUUGCAAAAUGAAACGAUUUCAAAUGGUAUUUCAAAAGACUGACAGACCUAGCAGACAAGAAGAAGACGAAGACGAAUAUGAUAAAAAAAAGAUGAGAAGAUCAUGAUGGAUCGAACACACUCAACAAUUACUGACAGGAUGAAUUCAAUUAAUAUUAAUAUUAGCCAUGACCGCUGAUGAAUCUAUUAAUCUUCUAGAGCUGUGACUGCAAGUCCAAAACUAUUAUGUAUGCUCUUUGCAUGGCAAAAAUUUCUUUUUGUUGUGCUGUAAAAACGUCAACGUAAUUGUAAAUGUAAAUGUAAUCUUCAAAAAUGUAUCUUGAAUGUCCAGCAAUGUUA